GAGGAGGAGGAGGAGGAGGAAGCGAAGGGGGAAUGGGCGCAGACGCUCCAACGUGGAAAAGCUCCCCAGCUCCCUUUCUGAUACAUUCCUGGCCAAGGCGAUGCUUCUUGCAAGAGCUGCGCUGACUUGUUGCAAGGAUCUGUCUUUGAGGGGGGGACACGCACGCGCGCAGCCAACCCAGGCUGGAUCCCUCGCUCGCUCUCCCCCACCCGCCUUCCCUUUCUUUGCUCCAGCGUGGAUCUAUUCGGUCGAUUGAGCUGCAUUCGGAUCCUCUCUCUCUUUUUUUUCCUGAAGGGGAUCGGGCCGUUUGAUGGGGACUCUCGGCAGCCUGGCGUUUGGGGGGCGGCCUCGGAGGGAUUUUGGGGGGGACUGAGGGAGCGGGCGCGGGGGGUGCCGUGCGAUCAUGCAGCGGGCCAGCGUGAUGGGGAUGCCCUGCCCGGAACCCAGUGGAUCUUAUUCCCAGCAGUUCAAAGCCAUGAGGUUUUCGUACCACAUCGAGGCGGGAGCAGCGUCCUCUCCCCAGAUUCGAGCCGGUCCUGCUCAGCCCCCACGGCUCCUGGUCAAGAGCCUUUCCUUGGAGCCUAGCCCAGAACAUCGCUCUCCAGAAGCCCCCCAGCGGCUCAUCUCUGAUCCAGGACCUGACAGCAGCGAAGGAGAAGUGGCCAAACUCCGGCCACUCAAACGACCCCCAGGACCAAAACCACAAGUCCCUCCUAAACCAGCCCAUCUGCAGAGUAUCCAGCCACUGCGUCUUCCUGAAUCCAUCCCCCCACCUCCAUCGCGACCACUCCCUGCUGAUCCCCGCUUAAGCCGCAGCCCCCUGCCUAAGGAUGGAUUGGGACCAUUAUCUGCCGUCUCCUGCCUCAUUGAGAAGUUUGAGAGGGAACCUGUGAUCCUGGCUGUCGAGCAGGCCCCAUCGCCGUGCCCCAGUCCAGAUCUCCAGACCCCCGAGACAGGUCCCAUGGAGCCCUCACUAGACUGCCCGACUUCGCUGGAAUCGGCAGAGCUGGCUCACAAACUCCUGGACCUCCUGGCUCUGGAGGGAGGGCCAGAGCCUGCGGGUGGUGCUGCCUGCUUGCCGUCUCACGAUGGUGGGAAGCUGGCCAACCGGGACAGUGGUAUUGACAGCAUCAGCUCCCCAUCUAACAGUGAGGAGAUCUGCUUUGGGGCUGACGAGGGCACAGGAGAGGGAGCGGGGCCACCCGUGCCUGCUGCCGUCAUCAAGCGCCGCUCAACCCGGGAUUCCGAAGUGGACAGUGACAUGGACGAUGGCAGCGGGGAUGAGGCAGAGCUGCUACCGGAGCUCCCUCCCCCUCAAGCAGAAAGACAGGACUCAGAGGAGAUGACAGUUCCACAAAAGGUUUUCCGAAUUGCCAACGAGCUUCUCCAAACAGAAAAGGCCUAUGUGUCUCGCCUGUAUCUUCUCGACCAGGUCUUCUGCGCACGUCUGCUGGAGGAAGCACGCAGCCGAAACUCUUUCCCAGUGGACGUGGUGAUGGGUAUUUUUGCCAACAUCUGCUCAAUCUACUGCUUCCACCAACAGUUCCUGCUCCCAGAAUUGGAGAAACGUAUGGAGGAAUGGGACCAGCACCCGCGCAUCGGGGAUAUCCUGCAGAAACUGGCCCCUUUCCUCAAGAUGUAUGGCGAAUACGUAAAGAACUUUGACCGUGCCAUGGAGCUUGUCAACACCUGGAUGGAGCGCUCAGCACAGUUCAAGAGCAUCAUCCAUGAAGUGCAGAGGGAAGAGAUAUGUGGGAACCUGACCCUGCAGCACCACAUGCUGGAACCUGUCCAGAGAAUCCCUCGCUAUGAGCUGCUGCUGAAGGACUAUCUUCUCAAAUUGCCUCAGGACUCGCCCGAUUGCAAGGAUGCUCAGAAAUCCCUAGAACUUAUUGCAACAGCAGCAGAGCACUCCAAUGCAGCCAUCCGCAAAAUGGAGAGGAUGCACUCGUUGCUGAAGGUGUAUGAGCUGCUUGGAGGUGAGGAAGACAUAGUGAAUCCCACCAAUGAGCUCAUCAAGGAAGGGCACAUCCUGAAGCUUUCUGCCAAGAACGGUACCACUCAAGACCGGUACCUGAUCCUGUUCAACGACUGGUUGCUGUACUGCGUGCCCAAGCUGCGUCUCAUAGGCCAGAAAUUCGGAGUCCGUGCUCGCAUAGACGUGGAGGGGAUGGAGCUGAAAGAGACCAGCAGCCUCAAUGUGCCCAGGACCUUCCUUGUAUCAGGGAAGCAGCGAUCCCUAGAACUUCAGGCCAGGACUGAAGAGGAGAAGCGAGACUGGAUCCAGGCGAUACAGGCAACAAUUCAGAAACACGAGCAGACUCUGGAGACAUGCAAGCAGCUGGUCAGCGAGGAUGAAACGCCACCCAAUUCGCCUGGGUGUGAGCUGGGGCGACGGGCCCCCACGCCCAUCCGGGAAAAAGAGGUAACCCUGUGCAUGCAGUGCAAGGAGCCCUUCAAUGCUCUCACCAAGCGGAGGCACCAUUGCCGGGCCUGUGGCCAUGUUGUCUGUGGGAAAUGUUCAGAGUUCCGGGCCCGCCUGGUGUAUGACAACAACCGGCCCAACCGUGUCUGCACUGACUGCUACGCAACGCUACAGGGCUCCCCCGCCAGCCCUGCCCCACAUCCCAACACACCUCAGCGCCGGAGGUCCAUUCUGGAGAAACAGGCUUCCGUGGUGGCAGAGAACAGUGUGAUCUGCAGCUUCUUGCACUACAUGGAAAAAGGAGGGAAGGCCUGGCACAAAGGCUGGUUUGUCAUCCCCGAAAACGAGCCCCUGGUGCUGUACAUCUAUGGAGCCCCACAGGAUGUCAAGGCCCAGCGCUCGAUGCCUCUGAUCGGCUUCGAAGUGAGCCUGCCUGAACCCGGCGAGCGGGUGGACCGACGCCACGCCUUCCGGAUCAGCCAGAGCCACCUGUGCUGGUAUUUCAGCCCCGAGACGGAAGAGCUGCGGCAGCGGUGGAUGGAGGUGCUGAGCAGGGCAGGCCGCGGAGAAGAAGGCAGAGGGCCGCCCUCAAUCCAAGAGGCAGAUGAGGAUACGGAGGCGGAGAGAACCUAGAGGCAGAGGGCUGGGCAGCUGGGAAUUGCAGAUUCUGCCCACUUGGGGAACUCGCUCACCAUUCUCUGACCAGUAUACUUGAACGUUCCUUUCUCCCCCUCUCUCUGGCACUUUCUUCCCCUCCUUGUAGUACGCAUCAACGCAGCCACCCUGCCCCUGCCGCAUUCCCAGCCGCAGAGGCGAUGCACAUCACACGUCCUGACAUUUGCUCCAGGCCAGUUCCUGCUCCUAGCUGCAGCACCUAGUAAUCAGAGCACCUCCACUUUCUUCCUUUUGUCCCAUCCUCUGUGCAGGAAGAAAUGGAUGCGAGCGGGUGGAUGUCUUCCUUCCAACACGUGCUUCCCCCCUUCUUUGCAUCUUGGACCGAGAUCCGUUCUUUCAGUCCCCACUGCUUACUUACCGAACUUAGCACUUACCGAACAUACGUCCUCUGCAGUGGUUUGGGGGAAUUGGGGCAGGGUAGGGAGAGAGUUGAGACAAUUCUUUCAGUGGAAUGCAAAUGGGCAUGGGAAUUUUCCUCUCUUGAGCAUUUAUUUCCCUUGCUUGUUACCCUCCUCCCUGUAUUUGUGUGAGACUAGGUGGCGUUUUGUCUUGUGAUGUUUCCUCACACAAUACUGACCAUUUUUGGACCUGGAAAGGCUGAUUUGAGGCUGCCUUAGCAGAUGGAUUAUGAUGACUUGAAGUCUCUCUCUCUCUCUCACCCCACACCCCCUCGAACAAAACAAGCAAGCUGGGACAUGAGAGCUAGCUAGAAGAAGAACGAGCCAGGGUCCUUGUCCUUGCUAUAGCAUGCAGGGUCUCCUCUUACUGAUAAGGCGGGCCCCCCUCCCAGCAAGUGGUGCCUGCCACCACCCAAUCUUGCCUCUGCCAAGGGGUCCAAAGGCACGGCCCACACCAGAGCUCUCCUGUGCAAGCCCUGCUAAAGUGGGUGCAGCUGCACAAGGCUAUAGGUGACAUCUUUGUAACAACUGCUCUUCCAGUUUGUGCUUGAAAUUUUACAUAUUGCAAAUAUGCUCCAAGGUGCUUUCAACAACGUGAAAGAAUGCAAUAAAAUCACGUAGAAGUCAAGAUAAAUCCAACAGUAAAAAGGGUGUGUGUGUGACAGAAAUAAGCUGCUGAAAAUUGAUCAUGUAAAAGAUACCUGGAAAAAUGUAAUCUACAGUUGAUUUUUCUAAGUGAGCAGCAAAACCUUAUGGCAUGGCGAGAGCAGCCUGUCAAAGGGUUGCCUCCUGAAAAGGGAAUGUAUCCCUAAAAUUUUAAAGUUAUAAAAAUUCCUUUUAAACUAUGGAAGAAAAAUCUUUCCCCUAUUUCUAGGGGAAAACAAAUUUGGGAGAAACUGAAUACAGUAUGUGAUAUAUAUCCCCCCCCCCGCCGAA